AUGUCUGUCUCAAGCUUGAACCCUCGUACUAGCUUUCAGGCCCGCUCACUGUUCCGGUCCCUUCUUCGCCAAUCCGCCCAGUUUUCCAACUACAACUUUCGCGAGUAUGCUCGCCGGAAGACCAUCGACUCCUUCCGCGAACACCAGAACGAGUCGGAGGAGCGUCGGGUACAGGAGCUGAUCCAGGAUGGGCUGCAGAGCCUGCGUCUUCUCAAGAGGCAAACGGUGAUCAGCCAGUUCUAUCAGUUGGACAAGUUAGUGGUGGAGGGCCAGAAGACUGGGAAAGAAACUGGAGAUAAAGGGGAGAUCGUUCGUCAGAAGGACACCGGGUAUGCCCUCACCUUUGAUUCUACUCAGAUUCCUCCAAAGGGGCGCCACCUCGAAAACAAUCGCACCCGAAACGGCCAAAUCGACCAUGAUGUCUUCGAAGGCCUGCCUGUGCGCCGCUGGUCCCGCCAGGUCCAGAAAAUCUCCCAAGUCCCCAAGCCCGAAGACUCUGAGCUCACUGUCCAAGGACCAGGUGCUACAUCGGGUCUUCCCGAGCUUGCCAUGCCGCGCGACAGCCAGUUGCUCCCUAGUGUGAGCCGCGCACUUCUACGCGCCGCACGCGCCGGAUGUAUUUAUGUUCGCUCGAGCGGGCGUGCGGCCGAUUCGGUGGAAAAAGAAGUGACUGAUGGCGACGAGGCGGCUGCUGCGAAUGUGGACCGCAGUUUUACGAGUCGGAAAUGGACUACUAUCCCCAAGCACUUGGAGCCUUCUGAGCCGGAGUUUUUGGCGAAGCGUCGCCCCGGGUUGCCUUCUCUCUACGGGGGUGCUGCAGGCGCUGAUGGCGGAGCUCCUAAUUUCAGAAAGACUAAGUUCAAGAAGGUGGAUCCGGCCACCGGCAAGGUCUCAAUCUAUGAUGCCUUUGUUCCAGAGGGGCAUCGGAUUGAGGGUGAGAUCACCGGAGAUAUCCAGGCCAUUGUAGGCCAAAGUGAGGGUACUGUGCAGCCAGAGACGCCUGCGCCGGGGACUGUGGUUGAGGGUGUGGGUAUCGUCAAUGCGGAGGGCGUUGUGGUUGCGGAGGCUGGCUCUGCGGCUGUCAUGACACCUCCCAAGCGACGGCCCCCCCCACCCAAGCGGAAGAGCAAGGGCAUUGGAAAGGGCCGCAAGAAGAAGGUCAUGUUCGCCCCAGGAGAAGGCGCUGAUGCUUCUACUGUGCAUGGCGUAGCUGGUGCUGAUGACAGUAAAGAUGGGCAAGACCCUUCACGCAUGUCGCAAUCUGGUCCAGAUGAUUAUGAUGACGAUGAUGAUGGUGAGGACGGUGACGAGAGUGAUGAGGGUGAUGAGUCCAUGGUGGAUGCGAAGACCCCCGAAAACUCCUCAGGCUACCUCCAAUGCAGAAUCUACAGACCAACUCUCGGCUGA